CUCCGCCACAGCUCGACAGUCUUGGAGGACUGGUUGACGAGACGGUUCUGGGUUCGGUUCCCACCACCGCUCCCGCUCCUCGUCAGCGCUAAGCAUGUCCCACUUUCUGCACCGCCUUCGCCAAAUGUCCGGCCCGCAGGUGGGAGAGAGUGAGCGGUUUGUGGAGCAGGAUGUUAGGAGCUGGGGUUUGACAGGUAUAAAUCUCCGUUCAUAUCAACUGAAUGGCCUAAAUUGGCUUGUUCAUUGUCACACUGUUCAACAUGGCAGCAUCCUUGCAGAUGAGAUGGGUCUUGGUAAAACGUGUCAGUCAAUAUCUUUUCUCCUCUAUCUAACUGGAAGACAAAAGGAGAAAGGCCCUUUCCUGAUCCUGUGUCCGUUGUCAGUACUAAGGAAUUGGACAGAAGAGUUGGGAGGACUUGCUCCACGACUUUCAUUAGUUGUGUACACUGGAGACAAAGAUACAAGAAUAGCGUCUCAACGAGACCUGGAAAAUUGCAAUUUUCAUGCACUCCUCACCACCUAUGAGAUCUGCCUAAAAGAUGCUUCUUUUCUGAGAAGAUUCAACUGGAGUGUACUGAUUGUGGAUGAGGCACAUAGGUUAAAGAACCGGAACUCUCUAUUGUAUAAGACUCUGAAAGCGUUUUCAGUACGAUUCACACUUUUAUUAACUGGAACACCAGUGCAGAAUAAUCUUCACGAACUGUACUCACUGCUGAGCUUUGUGGAACCAAAGGUCUUCUCAGAAGAUGAUAUUGAAGAAUUUGUUAAUUAUUACAGCAGUGUGGAAGAGAACACAAAACAAGCUAAAGAACUGCAUGGUCUAAUGCAACCAUUCCUCCUCAGAAGAAUUAAGGCUGAUGUUCUCUCUGAACUACCAAAAAAGAUAGAUGUUGUCUUGUAUCAUGGGAUGUCUGCACUGCAGAAAAAGUACUAUAAAGCCAUACUGAUGAAGGACUUGGAUGCAUUUGAGAAUGAAAUGGGCAAGAAAGCGCGAUUAAUGAAUAUUCUAAUCCAACUUAGAAAAUGUGUUGAUCAUCCUUAUCUUUUUGAUGGUGUGGAACCAGAACCAUUUCAGAUUGGCGAUCACCUUGUCGAAGCGAGUGGUAAACUUCAUCUACUGGACACUUUACUGGCAUUUCUGCAUCCCAGAGGUCAUCGAGUGUUGCUGUUUUCCCAGAUGACAAGAAUGCUGGAUAUCCUGCAGGACUACAUGGAAUAUAGAGGUUAUAGCUAUGAACGCAUGGAUGGAUCCGUACGUGGAGAAGAACGAUUCUUAGCAAUCAAAAACUUCAAUCAACAAGAUAUAUUUGUUUUUCUUUUAAGCACCAGGGCAGGUGGAGUAGGAAUGAACCUUACUGCUGCUGACACUGUCAUAUUUGUAGACAGUGAUUUUAAUCCACAAAAUGACCUUCAGGCAGCUGCAAGGGCCCACAGGAUUGGUCAGAAAAGACCAGUUAAAAUUAUUCGUCUGAUUGGAAGAGACACAGUUGAACAAUUGAUAUACAACCGGGCUAUGUCAAAGUUAAAGUUGACUAAUACGUUGAUUGAAGGUGGUCAGUUCUCAAUGAACGAAGGAGAAGAAUCAUCUGGAGCUUCUGGUAUGCAGCUAAGUGAAAUCCUGAAAUUUGGGCUGGAUAAGCUGUUGUCUUCUGAAGAAAGUACCAUUGACGAUGUCAAUCUACAAAAUAUUCUUGGAGAAACCAGAAAGGGAAUGUGGAUCACACAGGACCAACUGGUUCACAAAACGGAGUCAAAUGAAGAGCUAGAGAGUACAACACACAUGUACCAGUAUGAGGGGAGAGAUUACUCUAAAGAAUCCAGUUCAGCAGAUCAGAAGACCUUUGAACAGCUUCUGGAACUUCACAAAAUGGUACUUGAAGACUCCAGUAAAGGAGGAAGAUCACUUCGCACAAAGUCCAAUCUUCUUCCGGAUCUUCCUUUGAGUAUAUCCACCAGAAAUAAACGAAUAUUGUCUCCUGAAGAGCUUGAGCAACGACGUCAGAAACGUCAAGAAACAGCAGCUAAGAGAGCAAAACUACAGGAAGAAAAGAAACAAAAACGAGAAGAGGAGGAGCAAAAGAAAAAGAUGGCUUGGUGGCAUUCCAGUGGCUACAAAUCAUUAUGUCUUCCAUCAUUGGAUAGUGGAAGUGAGGAUGAAUCAGAUGAAGAUGAAGGCGACCUUCCUGGUGAUCUGGAUUCUGCCAAUACAGACCAGACAUCCAUUCAUUAUGUCCUUGGAGAUGUCACUCACCCUUCAGCUGCUGACAAUGGGGAUGCCAUAAUAGUGCACUGUGUUGAUGACUCUGGAAGAUGGGGAAAUGGAGGAUUGUUUACAGCGUUGGAAGCUCGAUCUGAUGAGCCGAUGAAGCAGUAUGGGAAAGCAGGGAAAAUGAAAGAUCUUUUCCUGGGUAGUGUUCUAUUAUUUCCCAUUGAUGACAAGGAAUCACGAAAUACUGGUCAAGACUUGUUGGCAUUGAUAGUUACUCAGCAAAGAGACCGCUGCAAGGUUAUCUCUGGUAUCAAACUGACGGCUUUGGAAGAAGGACUGAAGAGGCUCCAUAAAGCUGCCAAGAAAAGAAAUGCAAGUGUUCACCUACCACGCAUAGGACAUGCAACCAAAGGUUUCAACUGGUAUGGCACAGAAAGACUGAUUCGGAAAUACCUCGCAUCACGAGGGAUAGCAACAUACAUCUAUUAUUUCAAAAGACAUCAGGCCACUGCAUCUACUUCUGGAUCUCCGGGCUCUACUAUCAAAGCAUCAGCAAACAAUGAUAAAGGAAACAAAAAUACGACAGAGCAAUCAGCAGGAAAUUCAAGCACUCUGCCAGAUUUCAUGUCUGGAGUGAAUGUGUACUUUUUCAAUACAUCUGAAGAGAAGAUGCUAAGCCGUUAUUUGAUUACUUAUAAUGGUAAUGUGGAUCGCAGUUUUGGUGUUGGAACCACCCAUAUUGUGGCACAAGUGGACAAUUCCAACCAAGUGCAGGAAUUGCAAAGCUGUCUACAAGAGAAUUGCAAAGCAGUCGUGGUCCAAGUGCAAUGGCUGAAAGUUUGUUUCUCAAAGCAACAGAAAGUUGACACUUUUAUGUAUGAAAUAAAACUUAAAGAUUUUUAAUGUUUACAUAAACAAAGGUCAUUCAAGGAGCACCCUGAAGAUAUCAUGCAAAUAUGGGACUAGUGUAAAUGUGUAAUCAAUAGGUAUCCUUAUAUCGUUCACUUUAUUAAAGAAUUGUGAAUAUCUAGUUCAAUUCUUUUGACUUUUUGCUAUUAUGGAAUUGAUUUGGCACUGAAACAUACAUAUUACUGUACAUUAAUUUGCUGGAGAAUUUCUACUUCAAGUUUUUUUUAAAAUUUAAAUGCAAAAUCUUGCAAUAUUUACUGAUGUUUCCUCAAUUGGAAGCUUCAUGACCUGUUGACUAUCAUAAGGAAGUUUGAUAUCUAAUUGGUGAACAUACAGGAAGCUUGAUAACCUGUCAAUUAUCAUAUUGGAGCAGCAAUCAAGAAGUUGAGAAUUUAAAUACUCCUGCAAUAAAUUAAGCAAUUGAA